GAGCAAAUAUCUUCCCGAUGCAUCACCUCAACUAAACACACUACGAGAAACCGGACCUCCCGGGAACAAAGAAAUCGUUUCUACAGUUUUGCAAGGGUCAACAUGGUCGCUGGAGAUCAGUUUCGACAGAAUAUGGAAGAAUUCAAUCCGAUGGCUGCUCUUUUAGGAAUGGAUGUUACUCUGAGAAGGGAAGUGCACCAAGAACGCGCCAGAAUAAACGAGCUUAACAUCAACAUAACGAAGACAUCGAUUCCCUCAAAAAGAAAAUUGAUCAGAAAUAAAAAGAAAUCGUCGACUUACGAAAGACUAUGGAAGCUCUGGAGGACCAAA